AUGGCGCUGCCCGUGCUGGGAGCUGAUAGGCUUAUGCCUUUGUCUCCAGAUUCAACUGUUAUCAAGGGACCCAGAGAAGUUGUCGGUCGAGCUGGAGGCUCCUUGAUUGUGACCUGUCAGUAUGAUGCCAGGUAUAAGUGGGACCAGAAGUGGUGGUGCCGCGGGAUGGUGGGGAGUGGCUGUUUGUACCGUGUUGAAACCACUGGAGCAGAGCCAGUGGUGAGGAAGGACCGGGUGAGCAUCUGGGACGACAAGAGUCAGAGCAGGUUCACCGUGACCAUAGAGCGGCUCAGGGACCGUGACGCGGGCACGUACUGGUGCGGGAUUCAGACAACUAAACUUGAUCUAAAUUUCUCGAUCACAGUGACCAUCAAUCCAGCCCGGACCACCAUCACCGUAUUCACAAUGACCACCACAACCACCAACACACCCACGACAGCAGCCACCACAGAAGAGACCACAGACGCCCCGAGGGUGACCAGGGCCCUCUCCAACACCAUGUCCCUGCUCAGCAGUUUCCACUUUCUGCUUCUGGUCUUCCUGAAAGUGCCCCUGCUGGUGGUCAUGAUGGGGGCUGUCGUCUGGACCAUCCUGGUAGGCGACAGCAGCAUGGGGAAGUUUGACCAGGGCAAGUUUCUCGCAGGCUCCUUCUAA